AGCUCACCCAAGAACUCUCAUAAGUUUCUUCUUAUCUUAUUUUCUUGUAAUCAGAACAAACAUAGCCUUCAUAAUUGCACUCUUUCUCUUUGAAUGUGCGAUUUUCACAAGCCAAAGGAAAUCUACACCUUUUUUUUUUUUUAUAAUAUGAUGCACACUUUUUAGUUCUUUGUUCUUUUUUCUCCACCAUAAGAAUCUGACCAAAAAAUCCACAAAUCAAGUGGUCCAUCUUUUUCUCAUUAUCUUUCUCCAACCAUGCACUGUUGAAAGGUUGGUGUUUUUUUUAACUGAGUAAUCAUCAUCCAUUCUCUUCUAAAUUUCCACCUUAAAAAAUUUUCUGCUGUUCGAUCAUUAAUGUCUCUGUUUCUUUCUCCUUUUCUUGAUAUAUGUAUCGACUGUUCAUUGAACAUACAGUAAUGGAUUUUUUCUCUUUUUUCUUUCUUCUCAUUUCAUCAUCUAAAAGCACUCUGUUCUUCUCUCUUAAGUAACUGUUUAACUGAUUCUUAUUCGUCGAUUCCAAGAUUUUCAGUUCUUGUGUCUUUCCAAGAACUUUCCUAUGUAAAAAGAAUCAACCUUUUUGGCCUUUUCUCCUUAACUUUCACUUUAAGGCUCUAAUUAACAUGACAUAAUAGUUUACUGGACAACACCCUCUUGAUUCUUCAAAUCUGUGAACUUUCCUGUUUAAAACCCGAACUGGAUCUUCACUUAUAAACUCUAGUAAUAUUUCGUUUUUACUACUAAUUUUUGGCUAAAAAUGCCACCUCCAUACUUUCCUCUCAGGUGGGAAAGUACAGGAGACCAAUGGUGGUAUGCAUCACCAAUUGAUUUUGCAGCUGCCAAUGGUCACUAUGACUUGGUGAGGGAGCUUCUCCACCUUGACACCAAUCUUCUUAUCAAACUCACUUCCCUCCGCAGAAUUCGCCGUCUUGAAACUGUCUGGGAUGAUGAAGAACAGUUCGAUGAUGUUGCCAGUUGUCGUGCUAUAGUGGCUAGGAAGCUACUUUUGGAAUGUGAGACAAAGAAAGGUCACAAUACUCUCAUUAGAGCUGGAUAUGGUGGUUGGCUGUUGUACACUGCUGCUUCUGCUGGUGAUGAGAGCUUUGUCAAGGAAUUGUUAGAGAGAGACCCACUUCUUGUUUUUGGAGAAGGAGAGUAUGGUGUCACUGAUAUACUUUAUGCUGCAGCUAGAAGCAAGAAUUCUGAGGUUUUCAGGAUCCUGCUUAAUUUCUCUAGUUUGCGGCCGUGUGGACUUAGCUCCGGGGAAGAGUUGGAGGAGGGGCAGAGUGAGAGUCAUUCAGAUUUUAGACAGGAUAUGAUGAAUAGAGCAGUCCACGCUGCUGCUAGAGGUGGGAAUUUGGGGAUUUUGAAAGAGCUUCUAGGAGAUUGCUCUAAUGUCUUGGCUUAUAGAGAUGCUCAGGGGUCCACUAUCUUGCAUACUGCAUCAGGGAGAGGGCAGGUUGAGGUAGUGAAGGAUCUUAUAGCAUCAUUUCACUUUAUCACCUGUACUGAUUAUCAAGGGAAUACAGCGUUACAUAUUGCUGCUUACAGGGGUUACUUAGCUGUGGCAGAAAUUCUCAUACUUGCAUCUCCCUCAAUAACCACCAUAACAAAUUACUUUGGAGAUACUUUUCUCCAUAUGGCAGUGUCAGGUUUUCGAACUCCUGGUUUCCGAAGAGUGGAUAGGCAGAUUGAGCUUAUUAAUCAUUUAGUGAGUGGCAAGAUCAUGAACAUACAAGACAUCAUCAAUGUCAAGAAUAAUGAUGGAAGAACAGCACUCCACAUGGCUGUCGUUGAGAAUAUUCAAUCUAAUCUGGUGGAACUUCUCAUGACCGUGCCAUUAAUCAAUUUGAAUAUUCGUGAUGUUUACGGAAUGACUCCACUAGAUCUACUCAAGCAAAGACCAAGAACAGCAUCUUCUGAAAUUCUAAUCAAGCAGUUGAUCUCUGCUGGAGGGAUCUCGAAGUGUCAGGACAAUGUGGCCAGAAGUGCUAUUGCUUCACAGUUAAAAGGGCAAGGUAUAGGAAUGAGUCCUGGCACUUCUUUUAGAAUUCCUGAUGCUGAGAUAUUCUUGUACACUGGUAUUGACAAUGCAUCUGACGGCAGUUGUGAGGUAACAAGUGUAGAUUACAGUACAUGUUUGAGUGAAGUAAGUGAAUGUGAGACAACUAACUCAGUUAGUGAUAAAAAGUUGGCUUCUGUGAAUAAUACCGCAAGGCGCCUAAAGUCUCUUCUUCAGUGGCGAAGAAAGAAAGAGAGAAGAUCUGCUAGCAAUGAGUUGGCAGAUGAUAAAUCUGUAGACUCAAUUAAUUUAUCAAGAAGUCUGGAAGACCAUCCAAUUCCACUUAGGCAGAGAUUCUCAAAAAUGCCAUCCCUUUCAAGCGACAAUGGGUUAUUUGCUUUCAGGAGUGGUCUUCCAAGUCCAUUAACAAGAAAGAAAUUUACGGCAGGGCUAACACAUGGUGUCAUUCAGGCAACACCACAUUUAGCUGUUCCAGGCGAAUCACCUUCAAGUCCCCUUUCAAUAUCAUCCAUGGCUUCACCUGCAUCAGUGGAGAAGAAAAGGGGUAUUGAUAUUGCAGGGUCGUCAAGCUCAAACCAAUCUUUGAAGCAUAAACAAACAUCCUUCAAUAAGCGAUUGAUGAACCAGUAUUUUUGUUUUGGUGCACAAGGUCUGGUAGUGGAAAAUUCUAUAAGCUAUAGACAUCAAGAUCAGAGUUACAAGCAUGCUGCUUCUAUGGUGGCUUGAAUUUAUUGUACAAAAAGUUGGAUUUUUUUUCAAGAUCAACGGAAAAGACUAGAAUUUUGAUGAGCAGUCAGAAGUUACUUUAUGAUUCUAGCAGUUACUUUGUAGUUUUCUUCAUGUUGAGUUUCUUUUUAUGUGUGGAAGAGUAUCAAUACCAACUGUAAUAUUUUGUUUGAAUGUAAGAAGAAAAAGGGUUUUAUGAAUAAGGCUAAAAGGGAUGUUUAGCAUUUUUCUAAAAGAAAUGUACUUGAGGAAACUUGUAGUGCUCUAACCAUAGUUAUACUUGUCUUAUUUUUAUGAAUAUAAAAUUUAUUUUGUAAA